AUGAAUCAACAUCAACUACAUCAACAAUUACAACAACAAUUAUUACAACAACAACAACAACAAUUACAAUACCAACAACAACAACAUAAUAUGCAACAACAACAACAAUUAUUACAACAACAACAAUUAAAAAUGAAUAUCCAACAACAACAACAACAACAACAACAACAACAACAACAACAACAACAACAACAACAACAACAACAACAACAACAACAAUUACAACAACAACAAUCACCAAAGAAAACAAUAAUUCAAAAAUAUAAUGAAGAUUUAGAUGAUAUGGUAAUUAAAACAUAUACAACCAGAUUGGUAUUGACAUGGAUUUAUAAUAAUCCAACACCACCAAUUUUAUCACCAUUACCAAAAUUAAAAGUUAUACCAAAUUCUAGUUCAUCUAAACAAUUUUCCAAUAAAACAUUACAUACAUCAACUCAUACAUUCCAAGAUAUUGAAUCAUACGUUAAGGAGGUAUUCGACCUUUGGGAUACAGUUUUAUCAUUUUUUUAUUCUCAACAUAUUAAACGUUCAAAAGCAUACUAUCAAAAUGUAAAACAAUCACCACAAAAUGUUGAAUCUGAUCACACUGUAAAAUUAACUUUAAAAUCAAUUUUAAUUGGUUCAAUUUAUUAUUCCGAUAUAUUUUUUAGAAAAUCUUCUGUUUUAAAACCAAAAUCAAAUUUUACAAUUUUAGAUAUUGUAAUUUCAAGGUAA